UGCUGCCAGCCAAUCAGACCCCGGAGUCAAAGUUUACGGUCCCUCGCGCUCAGUCUUAUUAAAUCCCCUCUCCUCUAGAUUGGAGUCGGCCAUUUCAACUCCUCCAACAUACACCACCGACUGAUAGUAACUGAUAACAUCUGAAGAUGAAUGAGACAGCUAUUUCCUUCGCCAAGGACUUCUUGGCAGGUGGUAUUGCCGCUGCCAUCUCCAAAACAGCUGUAGCCCCCAUCGAGAGAGUCAAGCUUCUCCUCCAGGUUCAACAUGCCAGCAAACAGAUUACAGCGGACAUGCAGUACAAGGGCAUCAUCGACUGCGUGGUCCGUAUCCCCAAAGAACAGGGCUUCCUGUCGUACUGGAGAGGGAAUCUGGCCAACGUCAUAAGAUACUUCCCCACUCAGGCCCUCAACUUUGCUUUCAAGGACAAGUACAAGAAAGUUUUUCUCGACGGCGUGGACAAGCACAAACAGUUCUGGAGAUACUUUGCGGGUAACUUGGCGUCUGGUGGCGCCGCCGGAGCCACGUCACUCUGCUUCGUCUACCCGCUCGACUUCGCCAGAACACGUCUGGCUGCCGACGUCGGUAAAUCCGGACAGGGCCGCGAAUUCAAAGGCCUGGCCGACUGCUUGGUGAAGAUCUCCAAGUCUGAUGGCAUCAAGGGUCUGUACCAGGGCUUCAGUGUGUCAGUGCAGGGAAUUAUCAUCUACAGAGCUGCUUACUUUGGCGUCUAUGACACGGCAAAGGGCAUGCUUCCAGACCCCAAGAACACUCCAAUUGUUGUCAGCUGGAUGAUUGCUCAGUCUGUGACUGCGGUCGCUGGUCUUGUGUCUUACCCCUUCGACACUGUCCGUCGUCGUAUGAUGAUGCAGUCUGGACGCAAAGGAGCCGACAUCAUGUACUCUGGCACCAUGAACUGCUGGAGGAAGAUCGCCCGUGACGAGGGCGGCAGGGCCUUCUUCAAGGGAGCCUUGUCUAACGUGCUCAGAGGCAUGGGUGGCGCCUUUGUGCUUGUCUUGUAUGACGAGCUUAAGAAAGUCAUCUAAGUUGUUUUUGUAUGUCCACUGUCCAUUUUGUGAAGUUUAACUGUAACAUAUCUUGUACAUUUGGAAAAAUGUAAAUGACAUGAUAUAUUUAUAGGGACCAGCUAGUAUUGUCUACUAGUUGUACCGGGGGAAUCUGUUAUGCUCUCUUCUCUUGGCCCUUUUUGCUUUUUUGUUUUGCCUCUCCCCAGAAUGUCAUUCCCUGAACACAGGAACCUUGCCAUAAAAAAGAGGAAUAAACAUAACCUACUAAGUAAA